AUGAGACUUUUGUGCCUUCAUGGCUAUGGCACCAAUGCGGCUGUCUUGCAGAACCAGCUCCAAGUAUUCUUGUCACAGGCGGAUAGGGAGAUUGAGCCAUUCUACCUUGAGGGCGAGAUAGAAGCCCCCAAAGCAGCCAGCUUGGGCGCAUUCACCACGGGUCCCUUCUACUGCUACUACGAUGCCUUUGAUCCAGCGAAUGUAAAGAAGGCACUGGAGAUGUUGGACGAGGUCAUCGAAGAGGAGGGACCGUUCGACGGAAUCGUGGGCUUCAGUCAAGGCGGAUCACUGGCAGUGGCCUAUAUGGUGCAACACGAGAUCGACCAUGCCGACGAACCGCUGCCGUUCAAGUUUGCCAUCAUCUUCUCCAGCGUCAUCUCCUUCAGCCCGGACGACAGGUAUUGCGACGGUAUCAUUCGCAACCUGAGCGAGCCUGAAGUCCAGGCACUUUCCCAGUUUCCCGCCACCGAUUUCUCCCUCUUGCAGGAUGCUGGUGCAAGGAAGAUGUUCGAAUCGAUGGCAGAGGCGCUGAGCGCAGGACAAGAAGGUGGCUUUCUGUCCGCACACCCGGAUGAGGACGUAUUCGCGCGAGGGGACACUACCAGGAUCCCGCGCAUUAUACACCCGGAUCUUGUCAGCCAGCGAAUACGCAUCCCCACCGUUCAUGUCGUGGGCAAACAAGAUGAUCCGCUUAUGAUCCGUCAGUCCCAAUUGAUGUACCAGGUCUGCGACCCGACGGUGUCGAAAUGGCUGGAACACUCAGGCGGCCAUGACGUCCCUCGACAAUUGGCUGAUGCGAAGGCGGCUGUCAAGGCUCUGGAGUGGGCCAUCUCGGAGAGCCAACAGCAAGUAUGGGCUAGACUCUGAGUAGCUUAUUCACGAUUAGGCCAGUACGCAGUUCGAGUGGAAGGGAUUUGUCCGGGGCGACUGUGCCAGGAACGUCGGAGGUUUGACGCC